GGGGGGAACCUGGGCAGCGGCCGAGCUCUGUGGCUUCAGGGCUUGGAAGGAGAGAGGGAGGGUGGCGAGGAGAGUGAGUCGGUGCCGCCGCCCGCUUGAGGAGAGAGGAGGGGUCCCACUCGUCUUGCGCCCUUCGCGAGCCGAGAGCGCGGAGCAGUCGCGAAACUCCCAGGCCUCUCGGCCCCUGGGGACCCCGCCCCGCCGCCCGCCGGCCCGCGGCCUCUCUUCCCUUUGUGAGCGCCCCCUUCCCAGGGGUGCUGGUGGUGGCGGAGGGGUGCGCGUGGGCCCGCCCGCCGAGGGGCCGCGGCGGGGGACCGACUGGGCCUCGGCUGUGAGAACCCGAGGCGGCCGAGGCCCGGGCCGGUUCCCCCGAGGCGGCGGCGGCGGCUCCCGGCACUUCCCCGCGCCAUCUUAACUGAGCACAAGCGUUAAGGGCGCCUCCUCGACCCCGGUUGUCCCCUCGUCCCCCCCCCCCCCCCGCCCCCUUGUUGCAGAGCUUGGGCUGGGCGGCUGGGGGGGGGGGGCGGCGGUCUGUCGCCGGGCCCCCUCCUCCUCCCUCCUCGCUCUCCAGCACCGCGGCCACCGGAGCGCUCCAGGGGUCUGCGCCUGCUUACUCCGCCCCAGAUCUGCCGGCGAAGGGUUUAUGUCAGCGUGGCUUCAUUCAUACAGAUGAACCAGGCAUUGGGAUAGCAGUAUAAAAUUAGAAUCAGACAGCUGACUGCUCAGCAGGAUGCCAUCAACUAACAGAGCAGGCAGUCUAAAGGACCCUGAAAUUGCAGAGCUCUUCUUCAAAGAAGAUCCGGAAAAGCUCUUCACAGAUCUAAGAGAAAUUGGCCAUGGGAGCUUUGGAGCAGUAUAUUUUGCUCGAGAUGUGCGUACUAAUGAAGUGGUGGCCAUCAAGAAAAUGUCUUAUAGUGGAAAGCAGUCUACUGAGAAAUGGCAGGAUAUUAUUAAGGAAGUCAAGUUUCUACAAAGAAUAAAACAUCCCAACAGUAUAGAAUAUAAAGGCUGCUAUUUACGGGAACACACUGCAUGGCUUGUAAUGGAAUAUUGUUUGGGAUCUGCUUCAGAUUUGCUAGAAGUUCAUAAAAAGCCAUUACAAGAAGUGGAAAUAGCAGCAAUUACACAUGGUGCUCUCCAGGGAUUAGCUUAUUUACAUUCUCAUACCAUGAUCCAUAGAGAUAUCAAAGCAGGAAAUAUCCUUCUGACAGAACCAGGCCAGGUGAAACUUGCUGACUUUGGAUCUGCUUCCAUGGCUUCCCCUGCCAAUUCUUUUGUGGGAACGCCAUAUUGGAUGGCCCCAGAAGUAAUUUUAGCCAUGGAUGAAGGACAAUAUGAUGGUAAAGUUGAUGUAUGGUCUCUUGGAAUAACAUGUAUUGAAUUAGCGGAGAGAAAGCCUCCUUUAUUUAAUAUGAAUGCAAUGAGUGCCUUAUAUCACAUAGCCCAAAAUGAAUCCCCUACACUACAGUCUAAUGAAUGGUCUGAUUAUUUUCGCAACUUUGUAGAUUCUUGCCUCCAGAAAAUCCCUCAAGAUCGCCCUACAUCAGAGGAACUUUUAAAGCACAUGUUUGUUCUUCGAGAGCGCCCGGAAACAGUGUUAAUAGAUCUCAUUCAAAGGACAAAGGAUGCAGUAAGAGAGCUGGACAAUCUGCAGUAUCGAAAAAUGAAGAAACUUCUUUUCCAGGAGGCACAUAAUGGACCAGCGGUAGAAGCACAGGAAGAAGAGGAGGAGCAAGAUCAUGGUGUUGGCCGGACAGGAACAGUGAAUAGUGUUGGAAGUAAUCAGUCUAUUCCCAGUAUGUCUAUCAGUGCCAGCAGCCAAAGCAGCAGUGUUAACAGUCUUCCAGAUGCCUCGGAUGACAAGAGUGAGCUUGACAUGAUGGAGGGAGACCAUACAGUGAUGUCUAAUAGUUCUGUCAUCCACUUAAAACCUGAGGAGGAGAAUUAUAGAGAAGAAGGAGAUCCUAGAACAAGAGCAUCAGAUCCACAGUCUCCACCUCAAGUGUCCCGUCACAAAUCACAUUAUCGUAAUAGAGAACACUUUGCAACCAUACGAACGGCAUCACUGGUUACAAGACAGAUGCAAGAGCACGAACAGGACUCUGAACUUAGAGAACAGAUGUCUGGUUAUAAGAGGAUGAGGCGGCAACAUCAAAAGCAGCUGAUGACUCUGGAAAAUAAACUAAAGGCAGAGAUGGAUGAACACCGUCUCAGAUUAGACAAAGACCUUGAAACUCAGCGUAACAAUUUUGCUGCAGAAAUGGAGAAACUUAUCAAGAAACACCAAGCUGCUAUGGAAAAAGAGGCUAAAGUGAUGGCCAAUGAGGAGAAAAAAUUCCAGCAACACAUUCAAGCUCAACAGAAGAAAGAACUGAAUAGCUUUUUGGAGUCCCAAAAAAGAGAAUAUAAACUUCGAAAAGAGCAGCUUAAGGAGGAGCUGAAUGAAAACCAGAGCACACCUAAAAAAGAAAAGCAGGAAUGGCUUUCAAAGCAGAAGGAGAAUAUACAACAUUUCCAGGCAGAAGAAGAAGCUAACCUUCUUCGACGUCAAAGGCAGUAUCUGGAGCUAGAAUGUCGCCGCUUCAAGAGAAGAAUGUUACUUGGGCGACAUAACUUGGAACAGGACCUUGUCAGGGAGGAGUUAAAUAAAAGGCAGACUCAGAAGGACUUGGAACAUGCUAUGCUGCUACGACAGCAUGAAUCCAUGCAAGAACUGGAGUUUCGCCACCUCAACACUAUUCAGAAGAUGCGCUGUGAGUUGAUCAGACUGCAGCAUCAAACCGAGCUCACUAACCAGCUGGAAUAUAAUAAGCGAAGGGAACGGGAAUUAAGGCGAAAACAUGUUAUGGAAGUUCGACAACAGCCUAAGAGUUUGAAGUCUAAAGAACUCCAGAUAAAAAAGCAGUUUCAGGAUACAUGCAAAAUUCAAACCAGACAGUACAAAGCAUUAAGAAACCACCUACUGGAGACUACACCAAAGAGUGAGCACAAAGCUGUUCUGAAAAGACUCAAGGAGGAACAGACUCGGAAGUUAGCCAUCUUGGCUGAGCAGUAUGAUCAUAGCAUUAAUGAAAUGCUCUCCACACAAGCUCUGCGUUUGGAUGAAGCACAGGAAGCAGAAUGCCAGGUUUUGAAGAUGCAGCUGCAGCAGGAACUGGAGCUAUUGAAUGCAUAUCAGAGCAAAAUUAAGAUGCAGGCUGAGGCCCAACAUGAUCGAGAGCUUCGAGAGCUGGAACAGAGGGUCUCCCUUCGCAGGGCACUCUUAGAACAAAAGAUUGAAGAAGAGAUGUUGGCUUUGCAGAAUGAACGCACAGAACGAAUACGUAGCCUGCUUGAGCGUCAAGCCAGAGAAAUUGAAGCUUUUGACUCUGAAAGCAUGAGACUAGGUUUUAGUAACAUGGUCCUUUCUAAUCUCUCCCCUGAGGCAUUCAGCCACAGCUACCCAGGAGCUUCUAGUUGGUCUCACAAUCCUACUGGGGGGCCCGGACCUCACUGGGGUCAUCCCAUGGGUGGCACACCACAAGCUUGGGGCCAUCCAAUGCAAGGUGGACCCCAGCCAUGGGGUCAUCCCUCAGGGCCAAUGCAAGGGGUCCCUCGAGGUAGCAGUAUGGGAGUCCGCAAUAGCCCCCAGGCUCUGAGGCGGACAGCUUCUGGGGGACGGACAGAACAGGGCAUGAGCAGAAGCACGAGUGUCACUUCUCAAAUAUCCAAUGGGUCACACAUGUCUUACACAUAAUAAUUGAAAGUGGCAAUUCCGUUGGAGCUGUCUGCCAAAAGAAACUGCCUACAGACAUCAUCACAGCAGCCUCCUCACUUGGGUACUACCAUGUGGAAGCUGAGUGCAAAUGGUAUAUUUUAUUCGUUUUUGUAAAGCGUUAUGUUUUGUGUUUACUAAUUGGGAUCUCAUAGUAUUUGGCUGCCGGGUAUUUGUGGUUGGCUUUUUGUUUCCUUGUUUUUAACUUUUGGAAAAUUUUAAAACUGGGAAUAGAUAAAUAUUUCAUGUGUGUGGAAAAAAAGAAAUUGGCUUAAUAGAAGGAGUUUUAUCAGAACAAUAUAAAAAUAAAAUGAAGCAUACUGCCCUGAAUCAUCGCUUUAGGAUGUCCAUAGCCUAAGAAGUUUAUUGAAAGAUCUAAAGCCUUCCUCCAUAUUUCAAAUUCUGUGAGUCACUGACAGCAGGCAGCGUCUGUGCUGAAACAUGUUCUUACUGAAACAUACCUCCACACCUUACCAGUGUGUUUCCUUUCUUUAUGAAAUUGGUCUGACUUAUCAACCUCGUUUGGACUAAAGCAGAAAACCAUGAACAUUAAAAGAUUGUAUUUACCUUUUCAGGUGGUAGAAGAUCAUUUAGUUUUUGGCUAAGUGCAUCAGAAGUUUGUCCCUGAUUUUGUAGGUUGUAUUGUUGUUAAGAUGGCAUUGCUUAAGGAGAUCAUAAGCUGUGUGGGGAUUGCACUAACAAGCUUGUCAGCAGCUAUCAGAGGAAAAAAACAGAGGGUUGGGACCCUGAAAGUUCUGUGAUGCAUGUGUUCAGCAUGGAAUGAGGAGAUAAAGCCUAUGUAUCAGGAUAUUUUGUUUCUUGUAGAGUGAUAGCUCAUGCUACCCAAACUAUAAGACACCAAAAAGUACCUUUGCUUUGUUUAUACAAAAUCAAAGACACUUAGCCAACACAAAGCAAAUGCCAGAGUUAUUUGAAUGAUGCCAUAUUUGUGAACUGCCAUCUAUUAGAAUACUCAUCACACUACAUAGACAUAAUUUUAUUUAUCCCCCUUUUGGCUUAUGGGAUUUCCUGUUUACAAGUAGCAAUAGUCAAUUAUUUAAAUAUUUAGUUGCCACUAGGAAUCACUGAGCCAAUGACCACCAGCUGCUGACUAAUCUUCACACUGUAGAUGUUGCUUCAUCUGCAGGUUCUCUAUGUUUAAUUGCUGUUUUUGUUGCUGCAGUACCUUACAAACUUUUAGUUCAUUGAAACUUCAUGUCACUUUCCCACAAUAGUAAAGUUCCUUUCAGAAGUCUCUAGCUUAGUGCUAAAAUACUACUGAGGAAGAAACUAGGUAGUUUGAAGAGUGAAAGAAAACAACAACAAAAAUUAAAAGUAAGUUAUAGUGAUCAAGGACCACUAACCUGGGAGUGUGAUCUAUGUUUUCUUCAAUGAAGGAUUAACCCAGUGUUCUAAGUCAGUGCUAGUUAGUAUCCUCCAGUUGCUUGUGUAGAGCUUGAGGUGGAGCUAGGCAAGGGGCAGUGCCAUGUUUAGUGACAGACCAGAGUUUCUUACAAGUUAUUGUCCUGCUCCCUCUUCAGUUGUCUUGAAGAGCUCUUGCUGCUAACUCUGGGUCCUGCUUUUCCUGUAAUUAGAAGGCAGGAACACACUUAAGCAUACUUAGAACAAACUAGCGACCAAAUUGUCAUCUACCACUAUUGAAGUUCUUGGUUUUCUUAACAACAGAUUCAAUCUUGUCCAGGUAUGUCAUUCCAGUCUCUAUGACUUGCCCCCUUAAGGAAUUUCUGACUUUGGGUUGAGGGUUUCUGACACUAAUUAGAAGAGAAAUUAGAUCAGGGUGUGGUGGCAUAUACUUACAAUCCCAGCAAUUGGGAGGUAGGAGUCGGGUUCAAGGCUGCCUUCAGCUGUCUCACAGAGGGAAGAAAGGAAGAUGCUAUUAUAUAGAUCCUUUGAAAACCAUUAUAAGGUUUGUGGCAGAGUUCACAGAGCCAGGGUUUUAAACAUGAUCUACAUCAGUUUUUAGGUAAACAUAGUUAAUGAAAGGGGCUUUUUAAGUUUUUUUUCUUCCUGCAUUCAAAAUUCUAUUCAAGAGUUUCAAACAAAUUUGAGAGUUCUAUAUAUUUGAAGGAAAUAAGGGAAAGCUUUAAAUUUAAUAGGAUGUUCAAAACUAAAAGAAGACCAUCUUUAUAAGAUGAUCUUAUAAAACCAUUAAACACCAUGCUUCUGCAUUUGGCCCUAUCUACUUCUGGAGGGUUAGAAUGGGAAAGUAAAUCAGAUGUGAAUAGAAAAUUCCUUCAGACUCCAAACUAUUACCAGAGAUACAUUUUAUAGUCUAGCUGUGAGUUUCACUUGGUCAGAUUGAGUUGCUGAGUCCAUUUUGAUCAUAAUGUACUCAUACUAGUGUGACUGAGUAAUGACUAUGUGUUGUGUCCAAAAGAGAUUUCUGCCUCAUCCAAUUGUGUGGCACCAGUUUUCCCAUAUAGGUCAUGAUUAUACCAUCAGUUUAGUUAAAAUACAUGUUGUUUGCAAAAUGAUUAGUGUUAAUAGGUUGUGUGUAAGCUAUAAAUAACUUCUGAGUAAUUGUGUACAUGGCAGAAACCGUGACAGUAAAACCUGGUAGCAGGAAAAUUCGAAAGGGUUUAAAAUACCCUGAAGACAGGGCACGUACUUUCUGGGGAAAAAAAUGUGGAAAUGUCAAAGUUUGACCAGUUUAACACUACCUCCUCCCCAUUAUCAUAUGUGUGUUUAAGAAAGUGAGAGUGUGGAGAACAUGUGCAGCACACCAGAAGUUAUGAUCUAUAUCUGGUAUCCAGAGCCUAGUGGGGAAACGUUUCUUGUUCUCCCUUUUUGGGGUCAGCAUUUUAAACAUACAUAGCUUCAUAUCUUAAGACAUUUUAUUCCUAAUUAAAUUCCCCGCCCUUUGCACAUAAGUUUUCCUUUAAACUUAGCUCUAACCCUAAGUUGUGAUGUCAGGAAGUGUUUGCACUGUGUAAACAACGUUAGCUGAAAGCGAGUUUAUUUCAUUAGAGCUCCUAUUUUCUGUAUGUUUCUUUAACCAGAGUUGAACAGUCCUGAACAUGGAGUCACACCCACAGGUGAACACACUCAGUCUCAAGUCAAGGCCUUGCUAGUAAAUGGAACUUUGUAAUAGUUAUUAUGAUUUUUUGACUGCCUGGACAUCAAGUAAACAACAUUCAGAACACUAAAGAAAAUGUUCUAGAGAUUCCAUCCUGCUACUAACAAUUUUUUUGUGUACAUCCUUUUUUUGUUUUUCAGAACUUAAGGCAGAAUUCAGUAAUUUUGUGCUUCUGUAAAUGUCUAGCAUUUUAAGCAUAUAUAGACUACAUUGUUUUGGACACUGGAAUAAUAUGAUUUUUUUUUUUUUUUUUUUUUUUUUUUUUUUUUUUUUUUUUUUUUUUUUG